AUGACAUAUUGUGGUAACGGAUUGGUCUCAAUUGAAGAAGAAUGCGAUGAUAUGAAUAAAGAAGAUGGAGAUGGUUGCUCAAAAGAAUGCAAAAUAGAAGUAAAUUAUGUUUGUAAGAAUUAUUAAUAUUCAUUUACAUAAUGUACUUAUGAAAAGUAUCCUAAAUUUAAGGCUUCAUUGAUAAAAUAAGAUUAUUAGAUAUAAUAUGUAUCUUUGUACUUUGAUCAAUAAGUUUAAGUUAUGGAUAAUAUUAAAUUUUCAAAUUAUAUAGAACUCAGUUUAAUUGAAGUUGAUCAGGAAUUUUAUAAUAUUACUUUGAAUAUUGUUUAAGAAGCUUAACAAUUUUGUUCAUUUGUAGAAUAUACAGUAGAGAUUGUCUUUUAUACAACUUUGUCAUCUCCUCCUAUCCUUGAAGUUAUAUUAAAUGAAUAAUUGUAUAAUUAAAAUGAAGCUCCUUUAAUUAAUCAAAGAGAUAGUGUAAGAUUGAAUCUACCAAAGUAUGUUGAUGAUUAAAAAUAAUAAUCUGCUUUAAUAUUAAAAAAUAUGGGAACAUAUAUCAUGAAUUCUAUGGGUGCAGCAAGCAUUUUAGUGCUACUUCUUGGUAAUUCCUUUAUUUUAAAGGGUGUUAUUGAAGUACUGCAAUAAUAAUCAUAUCUGAGAUUCAUAAAUGUAGUCUUUCCACUUAAUUUAUACAUUUAUUUUGAGUCAAGCAGUUUGGUAACAGUUUAACCUUUAUUAGAAUUUUUCAAUUUUAAUACAUUUACAUCUGAAAUAGUUAAUAUGCCUUAUAUUGAAUCAUAUGAAAAAUUGAAAUUUUAUGAAAUUAAUGCUGAUCUUAUUUAUAAUCUUUAAUCUUAAAUAUUUUUAAGUUUAACACUUUUAUCCACGUAUUUAACCUGCUUCUUUUUGGUUGAAAUUUUCAAAGCCUUAGAUGAUAGUUAUUUUUUUUGUUUUGGAUCAAACAUAGCUAAUAUUUUUAUCAAGAUUUAAAAUAGCUGUCUUUCAAUUAAAACAGAAAUUGAAAAUUAAGGUUUAAAAGAAUUUUUGAUAUCUAAUUGUUGGGAUUUGCUGUUUAUAUCAUUUUUACAAAUUCGCUCUUAAUCAAUUACUUCUACGAGAGCCCUAGUCUCAGUAGUAAUAGCUUAUUUAAUCUUAUAUGUUUGUGCAAUUAUAAUAUCAUCUCAUUUUUUUAAAGAGAAUAAAGCAACAUCAGUCUACAAAUAUUGGUUAAAAAAAUUUAAUUUAUUUUUAAUCUUAAAGAAACUAUUAUUCGUUGCAAUUUUAGUUUUAUUUCAACGCAGUCAACAAAUCCAAUCAAUUCUACUCACACUAGUCUGUUCCUUAUAUUUAAUUUACAUAAUCUUAAUUAGAUCAUAAAGAGAUAUAUUAUAACGUAUUAAUCUAUUAAUGAUGGAGACUAGCAUUUUUAUUUUUUGUUUAACAGUAGCAUUGUAUUGGAAAGAAAUGGAAAACAAUUUCGAUUAUGAAAAUUAAGUCCUUUUAGGUUGGUUCCACAUAGCAAUGUUGUUAUGUGUUUUAAUAACAAACUUAGGGCUUUAAUUAGUUGCAGUUUUAGUUAAAAUGAAAAAAGUUAUAUUCAAAAAAUUGUAAAAUUCAUAAAUCCAAAGUGACCAUUUAAGAUCAGAUCCUUAUCCCUUAUAAAAUGUGAUGCAAUUCAAAAUAUGA